AAUAAUACGAUAUAAGAAUAGUUCUGCUUUGGUCGCUUGUCAGUUGUCAAGCAACAUUAUAACAUAUUUUCUAAUUGUCAAUUGGCACUGUAGUCCCUGAUUCAUACCCAAUGUUUAUUUUGUUUAUUUUAAUCUAACACUUGGCAAUUUUAUUCAAUGGUUUUACCGACUCAAUUAUUAUUACAAAUGGUAAUAAAGUGGAAAAACAUUUCAAACGAACAGGAGCUCUUCAUUAUGAGUGAAGAUGUGGCGUACAAAGAAGAAAUUGCUCGCAAUCCCUACUCCUUCAAACACUGGCAAUGCUACAUAGAGAAUCUGACUGCCACCAAGAGUACAAAUUUAAAUGUCAUUUAUGAGUGAGCGUCAAAAGAAUUACCAUAGUCAGUUAUCAACUUUGGUAUUGGUAUCUACAGGACAGGAUCAAACAUUUAAAAGGGUGAUACAUAGAUAAUCUGAUGUACAAUCAUCUUAAUCAAAAAUUUGAACGGGCUCUAAUUUUUAUGAUUAAGAUGCCACGAAUUUGGAUGGACUACUGUCAUUUCAUGACAGAGCAAGAUCUUGUUAAGAAAAUGAGACUCAUCUUUGAUCAAGCACUGAGAGCUGUAUUUGAACUCUCGAUAACGGGAUUAUGCUGUCGUGUGUGCCAAAUUAUUUACAAUUCGGUCAGCAUUCCUAUUACGUUUUGCAGUACAAGAGAUUAUGUCUACUCGUGAGGUAGACAAACUAAAAGUUGAACAGCGAAUCAUUGAGCAUUGUUGUGAUCAAAAAUAAUUGGCAAAAUGCAAACGGAUAAAAAAGAUUCAUUGGAAUCUAAAAAGGUCGCCGAAGAUCGAGCGCGCGAGUCGAGUGGCAAAGGUGCCUUAUCAGAAGAUCCACCCCCGGCCUACGAUGAAGCCAUGCAAAAUGUUGCUGCGUCGAGAAAUCAUAAUGAUACGACGCCGAAGCCGUCGGCACCUACGGACAAUAGCAUUGACGCUAAUCGCUCGCAGCACACGACAACGAGUCAGCCGCCCGUCAACAAUGUGCCCUACCCGAUGCCCACAGCCCCCUAUGACGAAAGAUUUCGGAACUGGGACGAGAAUGCCACGCGAAUCCUCAUUGUCAAUCGUUUGCAAAUGAAUGACAGGUUCAGCGCCGCGCGCACCCGCUGGGACGAAGAACUGUUAUGGACCCUCAUUCUCAACGAUCUAUUGACCCACGGCUACGUCUUUUCCAUCAUCGACCUCAUGAGUUUUUGGAAGUUUCAAUAUGACAUUUACAAGAGCAUAGUCGACGGAGUAUCAUCGAGUCUGACGUCGUCCAAUCAUUCUUCCAGUUGGCAAUAUUUUGAGCCGAUGCACAGCGUUUUUGGUAGUUCCGGCGAUGCUGCUAUAGUGGAUACUGCUACAACGGUAUUGCCUACGACAUCGGUUCUCCCGCACACUCCAUUAGUCCCAAUUACGACGAACGAAGGACAAACUUUAUACAACGUGUCGGAAAAUGGUACUAUUGCCGCCGCUGGAACUGCAGAUGCGAGUCCGUACACCCACAUCCCAGAGGGCAGUAAUCCAGCAACGAGCAUUCUUCCGUCUACGGAUAGCCCGAUGCCGAUCGCACUGACCUCCGAGUCCGUCGGCAUAUCUAGCGAUCCCUUCGUGAACGGCGGCACCGACAGCCUCGAUCCCACAGCAGCGAUCGGCGAUCCCACGAGCGUCAGCCUCCUGGCCGACGUUUUUACUUCGGACGACGGAGUGAUAACGACUCAGCCGACUUUCUCCUCGGCGUCUUUAGCGCUCGGCGCAAGCAGUUACGACCUUACGAAUCACGACGGCGACGACGACUGCUGCGGGGGCGACUGCUGCGGCGGAGCCAACGACGGCGAUUACUGCUUCGGCGACAGCUGCACCGGUGAUGCUGGCGACGAUUGCGGCGAUUGCGGCUGUUAGCUCAAAACCACUGUCCAGCUCACUAUUAUCACGCACAGUUGUCGCACUGUUCCGCAAAUCGCAGACGUGUUAGCGUUGAACGCAACAUUUUUCUUCGAGUACUCAGUUUACUUGUUACGGAAGAAAUAUUUUGUAAUUAUUAUUAUACUGUGACGAGGUUUGUGCCAACUAGAGAUCUAAUAUAGUAAGCAUAAAAAUGAAUGAACGUUCAUAAAAAUGUAUUUAAAUCUUGACAUGCUGGAUAAAUGUUAAUGUAAAUCUCUUCUAAAAUGUAGUUGUAAAAAAAUGUUCUGGUUCAUGGUUAAACUUGUGUUUCACAUGCCGUGAUAAAAAUAUACGUACCUAUUAUACUUUCAAUGUACAUGCUAAUAUAUUUUUAUUACCGAUUGAGGUAGCGAGUGCGAUCAUUGCGAGAUACAACACGAACGAGAAUCGAUUUCAGUCAUCAGACGUUAAAAUAUAAAGGACUAGUGAAUGCCGUAUCUGUGACUGCCUGACCCACAAUAAUAGAGAGCAUAUAUUUAUAUUUACGCGAGAUCGUUGACUUGAAACUGUAACUCCGUAAUUGUUGAUUUUUAAAUUGACAAUUUGUGAUGUUCACUUGCCAAAUUAACUGUAGCUAAAUGUGUAAAUACUCGGAUUGGGUUGGACAAAUUUCUACUUGUAAAUGUCCAUACAUUAAAUGCAAAAUUUGUGAUCAAUAUACAUUCUUAAAAGGUCUGAGAUUUUCAGAAGAAUACGUUUAAUACGGCAACUACAAUAUUGAAUCAA